GCGUCUCUGCCCUGCCGCCGCAUUAAAGUCGGAUAGCGGACCAUGGGGAGAAAAGGAAAAGUUUUAAUUCUGAGAUGUUAGCGCAAUGACUUUUUAGUAACAGUCAUAUGGGACGAGGCUCCCCGGCGUGAGGAGGGCAGGGUGAUUUACAGGAAGAAGCGACACCGACUGCCGGGGCAGGGUGAACGGGACAGCGAGAAAACUUGGGAGAGUUGAGACUAGUGCAACAGUCAGCGGUGGAAAAUCCAGCUUGCGCCUAUUGAUUUGAAAGAUGAGCUUGCUGUCUGCCAUAGAUACGAGCGCCUCCGUGUACCAGCCCGCGCAGCUUCUCAACUGGGUCUAUCUCUCCCUGCAAGACCCCCACCAGACCAGCGCCUUUGACGCGUUCAGACCCGAACCCAACUCUUCCCACACGGAUCUCAGCUUCAGCAAGACACCCGCAGCGGCGGACCUGAGCUCUUCCCUGAACUCCAACUAUCUCAACAACUUUUUCCAGCUGCAGCGCAAUGAGGCCUUAAACAACAACGUGUAUAAGAAUGUAUCUCCCUAUGGCUCGCUGAACAACAUCGUGGACGGACUCAACUCCCUUACGGACCAUUUCUCAGACCUUUCCCUUUCUUCAGAGCCGAGGAAACCCAACAAAAGACCCCCACCCAACUACCUGUGCCACCUCUGCUUCAACAAGGGCCAUUACAUCAAAGACUGCCCUCAGGCCAGACCCAAGGGGGAAGGACUGACACCCUACCAAGGGAAGAAAAGAUGUUUCGGCGAGUACAAGUGCCCCAAGUGUAAGAGGAAGUGGAUGAGUGGCAACUCCUGGGCCAACAUGGGACAGGAAUGCAUCAAAUGCCACAUCAACGUCUAUCCACACAAACAGCGACCUUUGGAGAAGCCGGACGGCCUGGAUGUGUCUGACCAGAGUAAAGAGCACCCACAACACCUGUGUGAGAAAUGUAAAGUCCUGGGCUACUACUGCCGCCGCGUGCAAUAAUCAUCUCUACCCAGAGGGAAAGAACCUUCCCAUCAUAACUCAUGUUAUCUGCCUAUUGACAAGCAGGUCUUCCCCUCUUAUCCGCUCUGCUUCCAGACGGUAGCUCUAGUUUGCUCUUUUUAUUUGACACCUUCCUUCUGUAAGAUCAGGAUCAUUCAUCUUGCACGCAAAUUGUAAAACCAUGUACUAGAAACCGCAUUACUCCAAAUGUGUAUUUAACUCCAGCAAAUUAACGUGUCGAUGAAUUAGCACCAAGCAUGUAUCGUAUUGGUGUCACUGACGAUAUGUUUAGUGUCAAUACCUCACCGUGGGGUUCGUUGGCUUUGUGUUUACAGAGAUCUGCUUUCCUUUUUCCUGCCAAGUGAAGUAUGCGAUGUGGUGAACAUUUUAGUCAGGGGGCUUCUAGCGAUGGUAAAACAAAAAAAGAAGGCCUUCGACCGUUCGUUUUCGGGGUCAGCAGCACAUCUUACUAACUGUGAAUUAACUGAGGGAUAAAGUGCCAUACAUCCCGAGCUUACAUUUCACAUAUUUAUUUCCUUUUUCUUCUAGUGUGCAAUUUGAAUUUUAACUGGGACAUAUGGAAUAUUUUUUUUUUCUGUUUGUGUAUCACAUUGUGUUACUGCGUCCAUGUGUAUUUAGGAACUACUGUAGGUUCAGUCGUAUAGCGUCGCUCCUCAGAUGGAUUUUUGAAAAUGUUGACAGAAGCGGUUUCACCGAACCCCUCUGGAGAUUUUUCUUAGCUUUGCAAAUUUGGAGAUAGCUGUAUUGAGCAGCAGCAGACGUUGGACAGAUUACUGAAGCUUCAAAUCAAAAGAAGAGUCGAUCUAUAGGACAAGUUUCUCUCUGAAUAUGAUCUUGUUAAACAGUAUUCUUUAUAGCAGUGAAGUUCUUGCCAUGCUUUAUAAGUUUAAAAGUUAAACUGUCACACUAGCAUUUGACAAGCCAGUAAAGGAAUUGAAAUGCAUUGUAGUUAUAUCUUGUAGAUAUUUCCAAAGCCUUCACCAUUGUGUCCAGUAGCUAACUGCUGAGUAGGGAGGCUAUGCAGGAAUCUAACGGUAUGGCUCAGGGUAUUUGAAGAGAGGUUUUGUUUAAAAGUUAUGUGACGCUUGUUUGCGUUUUUAUUUUUGCAUAAAUCCAAAUUAGUUGAAUCUAUAGGCUGAAGCUAACCACUAGUCUGAGAGGGGCCAGCAGUUUGUAGGAAAAAUGUCUGGUAUGAACCUUUAAAAUGCUAUCUCUUGUACAGUGGGGGUUAUCUGCACAGGAAAUGGAGGUAUGAGGCAGUGCACCACCAAUGAUCUUCCUGUGUGAUUCAGGUACUGAAAAUGCCACGUAGGGGUUUUCUUGCCAGGUCAACUUUGUGAUAAAAAAAAAUAUAUAUAUAUAUAUAUAUAUAUAUGUGCAAUUUUAUGUAUUUUUGCACUGCCUUACUUUUCUGUCAGGUAAAUUACUCUUGGUAAAAAUUUGGCUUAUUAAUACUGCGCCAAUUCACAAGAAAUGUCUCCAGGCGAUUCACAAAAUCUUUUUUCAGUUCAAUCACACUUACAUUCCAAUUGAUCCUAGUUAUCAAACAGUAUUUUAAGCUCAGUUUAUUAUUCAGUGUGAUGUCAAGAGGGGAAACCCAGCAUCUAGUCUAUGACUUGCAGCUUCCAUGCCUCCUGGAUGAGCUCGUAGCGACAGUAGACGAUCACUUGCGUUGUUGUUGACUUCACAGCAAUCCCUCAUACCGAGCAAUCAUGUUGCAACAGGGGAGAGGAAAAAUGGCCCUUUAAUAGUAGCAGGAGAGGGAGAUCGAUUAGUUGAUGGAAGCAUUUUCUCAGCCGACGCCUUCCUCCAGGAAGGUACUACAGCGGAAGCAAAACCAGACAGAAACGGAAACGGACUAGAUGUAGCUCCUACGGAGAAAAAAAAACAACACAGGAAACAAAAAGCUAACACUUGAAAUGUGAGCAAAUAAUACAAAUUAUAGAGUAGAAGAAAGCACAGCAUGAUUUUAUACAGGAAGAUUAUUGGUGCUCUGCCUCCUACUUUCAUUAUUUUCCUAAUAUUAAAAGUAAUAACUGACUUUUGUGUAAAAGCAACCCAAUGCAAACGAUUUAAGGGUUUACAGGUUCAUUAAGUAGUGCCUGCUUAAACUAAAAGUGUUGGAUUUGGCAGUGGGCAGGAGCUGGUUUCUGAUAUUUAAUCUUCCUGAGGUUUCAAAGAUACAAUUUCAGUACCAGAAAAUGUUUCCAUUAUGCCGUUCAUUCAGUUUAAAUUUUUUAUGUUGAGAUUCAAAAGAGACUGCAGAAGUCACCAGCGUCUUCUUGGACAGCAUGGAGCAAUAAGUAUCUUUAUGCUCCCCCUCCCCCACAUGUUACUGUGGACUGCCAGAUGUGUGGCUGAAAGAAGGAUACUAACCUUCCCAAUUUUACUCCAAGAGUAAAAUCAUAAAGUCAAAAGGAAGUAUAAGAACAGAAAAACUACUACUAAAUCUUAUGGGUGUUUUUAGAGUUUUUAAGUCUCUUAAAAUAACUGUAAGCAAAUGUAAAAUAUAAGAUUAUUAUAGCAAUAAUUAGCAAUAUGUAAAUUAUUUAGCAGCAGUUAGAAUAAUUGUCAUUCUCCUGUUAUAAAUUAAUUAGACAUUAUAUGCAUUUUAUAUAUAUGUAUUUUUUUAUUUUUUUCAUUUUUGUGUAAAUACUGCGAUACUCUAGUAUUGUUACUCAAGCUUAUCAUACUGUGAUAAUCUAAUACUGGCAUGUGCCUUGUGUAGGAUGGUAGCUGUUUGCUUUGGUCUUUGCUUUUCUUUUAGGAAGUUAUCUACUGCUGGUAAGAUGUUGGUUAAUUAUAACUUUUUAAUGGAACCUCACUUUGAAAAUCCUGACGUAUCCGUUUUAAGAUCAGAAUAAGUGCAGAGAUCAUUUCUAAGUGGAGGAACUGAAUUCAAACUCUGGCUUGCGAAAGGCAAAGCUGAUAAUUGUUAUGUAUACUGAAAGUGAUGUAACACAGUCCGUUUUUCAGUGCCUUCUAUCAUAAGCUUUGUGACGUCGGGAGGUAUUAUCAAACUGUAGAUCUGAAGAAUUACAGAGGGACUUUUGUAUUAGUUUCAAAUGAUUGGAAUCUACCUUUCAAGGAUUCUCUUCCAUGCGAGUUGUGACCCCAGUUAUAUGUACUGUAUCCGAAUGCCUUUUAAACGCUGGUUGAGUAUAUUUUUAUACCGUAACAUGUACGUGCCUUCAAAAGAUUUCAAGAGUGACGGGUGAGUGCCGUGGGCUCAGAGGUGGAACUGUGUAUGUGCGAACUGUGAUGUUCAGAAAGUCUGAUGGAGGUUCAAGAUGUGACAAAGGAUGAGAAAAAGAUUAAAGCCCCUCUAUUAGCGGUUGAACUGGCAUGGCGGGUGUUCGCUUCAGAGCAGUUUGCUGGACCAGCGUUUCCAGCUGGCAAUAACAAUCCCACUGUGGUCUGUUGUCAUGGAAUAUCAACAUAGAUGUUAUUUCUUUUUAGAUCCUCACAACAGAACAAAAUGCUUAUAAAACUUUGGACCUCACGCUUUGUUUUGUUUCUCCUUAUAAUCUGUUGUGGUUGCAUUUAUCCUAGAAAAUAUUGCUUUUGUCAAAAAAAAAAAAAGGAAAAAAAAGCACAAAAAAACAAAAACACGUACACAUUUACUUGCAGUAUUUGGAGUCAUACUGGUACAUUGCUGUGUGUGUGGAAAUGAAGCUAAAUGCCAACUUUUCAGUUAAAAGGGCGCUCCAGGGAUUUAGUCCACAAAGCUGAAAGGCUUAACACUAACAAAAGCAAAUGUCUUAUUCACUUUCAGUCUCUUGGAAUAAACUCAAAUUCCCACUAACUUGUUUUCCAUAUGGUCCCAUAACAUAAUAUUUUAUAAACUACACUGCCUGUUAAAAGAUGACAUCACACCUGGCAUUAACUUGUGUUUUUGGGGAUGAUUAAAUCACAUAUGGAGAGCUGAAAGUACAUCGACUCAUGCCUGGCAUAAAUGUGAUGUAAUCUGAUUUUCCUGCUAAAUACAACUAGCUUAGAGGAUAUUUGUUUGCAAAGACCAGAUGGUUUAUUUUGUUUUUUUUAACCAGUUAUAGGCUUUAGUGCAUUUUCAUUUCUCAUCUGCUUGCAAUGAAACAAUUGGCACCUAAUUGUAGCACAGAACUUGUUUCUUAUCGAGUACUAAAGGCAUCUGGCCAUAUGUCUACAUAAAGACCACCUCUUAUUGUGCCAUUAACAGUAGGAUCACGUUGCAUUCACAGGACAGGUGUAAAGAUCCCUUGUGAUUUGAUUUCCUGUGAACGCCAUGUGGUGUCAAUGGUCAAGAUGCUAAUAUUAGAGAUCUCCAACCUGUUGCUGAUCAUUUUCACCAAUUCUGAGUUCUUUAAGAGCUGUACAAAAUAAAACAGUGCUUUCCGCAAUCGAAAUAGAAUGCAAUGAAACAUAAAACUAAAUGACGUUCUCCAAAACCAAAGUUAGAGCACUGAAACUUACUAUUUCUAACUGUAAACAACAGCCUCUUUGUGUGCAUUUGAUGUAAAAAUGAAUGGACUUUUAGCUGAUUUCCAAAACAAAGCCAACACUUUCAACUCCAGUACACUUCAUAACAGGCAAAACUGGAUUCAUCAAAGGGGAAAAAAAAACAAAGGAACCUAAUUAAAUAUGUUUGGCUCCCUGUUAUCUGCAAAUGUCUCGCUCCCUGUUUUAAAGUAGCAGUCUGCAGGAGGAGGCAACGUGUCUCUAUAGAAAGUUGCUUCUUUCUGGAAUCUUCUCACAGCCUCUGUGCUUUACUUUAGAUCACCUUAGCAAUACCCGAACAGCUGAGUCUUCUUUCCUCCGUUACAACUUCCACACUGAAGAGUGUUGUCAGUGUAAACGGUUGACUUAGCUAUGACACAUUCACUGACGUGAAAAAUGAUCAGGUGUAUAGUUUUUUUUAGGGAUAAAGUCAGUCCUAGUCAUGAGUUGUCUUCUUGAUGCAUUUCUGCUUAAAACUCAGAAGCCUUUUACUUGGCAUUUUCAGAUUAAGUGAGAUUACGUGUCAUUAGGACGCUGGUGACGUCAUUUUCUCAGUCUUGAAAAGGUGUUACUUUUUCAAAACCUGAGAAUGGGCUAACUUUAUUUAUUAAACUGGCGGAGUGCCCCUUUAAACAGAAGAUUUGGGAUUUUUUUUUGUUUUUUGAAAUUUUUUUUUUUUCAGACUUCUUACAGUCAUUCGUUAAUGGGAACAAUCCAUUUGUCUUACUGUUAAUGUUCUCCUUUUGCUUUGUUCAGUGACACUAACUGGUUUGCCAGGCUACAUACCAAUGAUGCCUUAUAAAUUAACCUCAUGAGUAACAGUGUUAUUUGGUUCCACACAGAAACGGGACAUAAUGGUGCCAUUAUAAAUGACAUCUCUAGAAUCAAAUGACAGAAGACAUUAAAAACAGAGAAUGAACUUGUAGACUAUUUUGAAUUUUCUAGUACAUCAUCAGAUCAGAAUUUGCUUCUUUUUUUUGUUUUCUAUGAAUGAGAUGUGUAUUUUGGAAACAUUGCUAGAUGUUGAAAUUUCUAAAGCAAUCUGCAACUUAUUUCCCUGACUAAGAUGUUUUAUGUAUAUAUUUGAUGGCCAUGAGUUCCGAUGUUUAUCGAUAUAUAGCUUUUUUUUUGUUUGUUUGUGUCUAUGAAGAAGGGCCUAUUGCUGAGAAAUAAUCAAAGCUGGGAAAUCGUUUUUGUUUUUAUUUUACACUCGUCUGGAGGAAUAUCCUGCAGAAAUAUUUAUGGAAAGACUUUUUACAACACUUUUUGUAUAGAAUAUGCAACAAAGUUUCACUAAGAAGGAAAUAUUGAUGUCUACAUAGAAUGUUAUUAGAGAAAAAGCUGGUACAUAAUUAAUACCCUUUCUCAUUUAUAAGCCAUUGUAUUUUCCACGUGGUAGCAGUGAUAAAUAACCCACAUUGCUAUGCGACUAACCCGCCUUAAGGCCGUUUGUAUUCUUUUUUGUAAACACUAAUAUGCAGAUUCAUUGUGUUAACAUGCAGAGAUUAUGUUUUAGUUGUUUCUUAUUUAGUGAUGGAUAUUCACCACUGUAUAAGCACAUUAAACUGUGAGAUGUAGUUUGCUUAAAGCAGCGACGACAGGAAACUGUUAGAAAAAAAAACAAAACAAUUGUUUGUAGAUUAGGACGUGCUAUGCUUUUGUCAGGAAGGUGUGUUUGACAAAGAACUGUCCCGAGUUUGCAUGUGCAUGUGUUUGGAUUUGGAUGAAAUAUUACUUUGUGCAAUUUACACUUAUUUAAAUCCUUUACAGUAGUUUUAACAUUAUCAGCAACUUUAGUCCUGAAGUAUUUCAUUUAACAGAAGUGUAGCCUCUAUGAUUAACACAUAUUUACUGAAUGUAAUGUGUUAAUACUUAAAUGUGGUCGAGCUGGAAUGUUCUGUUUCUCUCUGUGCUGUGUGCGUGCGUGUGUGUGUGUGUGUGCGUGCGUGUGCGUGCGUGUGUGUGUAUCUCUUGAGAUGUUUGCAAUGCAAUAUUGCAAUAAUGUUAUGUUUGAAUUGGACGGAACGCAGGCGAGAGGUGAAUGAUUUUUAAAAAUUUUUUUUUUUUUUUGGGAAACAUGGACCGGAGAGGUUUGGAGCGUCGGCUACAGGUCUGUUUUUCACGUCCAUGAAACGGCAUUCCAAAAUGUGCCUUAUUUGAUAGAUGGGAAAACAUUUUAGUGCUUUGGAGCUGUUGAGAGCUUGAUGAAUAAAAGGCAAAUUUAUAACUGCU